GAAAACAAUUUCAUUAGAUUGAAGUUAUUCUUACAGGAGAGAGUGAUCUCUUUCUUUUCUUUUUCCUUCCUUUCUAUUUUUUUCUAGUUGAAUGAAUAUGUCUAGACGCUUGCCAUAUCCUAUCAUCUGAUAAUACUUAGUUGCUAUUAUUACUUUUGUUUUGGUUAUUAAUGUUUCGCAUAUAUUAUUUUUUUAAUUGCAUUUAUAUUAUCUUUAUUUUUAUUUAUAAUCCUGCCUUCGAACAUUUAUAGAGUAGAGGUGUGUGAGAACCCGAAAAUGCUAGGUCGGUACGACGAGAAUCUUUUAGGAGCCAGAACGGGUUCCCGAAAGUUUCGGGAUUCUCGUGAACGUUCGUUCGGACUUCCCUAAAAUUUCCGAGAAACUCAGAUACUGUCGGAAAACCCAGACAUUCUUGAGACACUUGGAAAUUCGCGGGAAACCCGGAAAUUCUCAGGAACGCGACCCGACCUGGCCCGACUCGAUCCGAUCCGAUCCGAUCCGAUCCGACCCGACCCGACCCGACCUGACCCGAUGUCUUUCCGUCUCGACUAUCGGGUUCUUGCAAAACUCUGUACAUAUUAAUUGGAAGAGUACAAAAUCAAUUAAUUCAUUAAAGCUAAACGUUGGAUUAAUGCGACUGUCUUGCGAUGCUUCUAUAAUCAGUUUGCUUUAAUAAAUCUCAAAGACUCAAAUACUUAAAAUAUUUAUAUGACAUAUUUGAAAAUGUGAUUCUAGCUUUUUCUAACGAACGUUUGGUAAGUCUUGUACUAUUUUAAAAUUACGGUUUGUUACUCAACUGCAAAAGAACCCCGUAUAAAAGGAAGUCAAUAUCUGAGAUACGGAUAAAGCACAAAUAAACCGUAGGCUUAAGUGGUUUACACGAAAAACAUGAUACGACUGAAUUAGAGACCCUCUACUAUCUGUGAAAAUCAUGACAAAAGAUGGCGAUAUUACCCACAGUGUCAACGAUAUUCAAAGUAAAUUCAUUUAGAGUUCGCGUUUCAUUGUUUUGUCAACGAACCAAGCACGCCCACGAGUGUACGUAAUUCUGAACAAUUUUUGUCUUUUCGAAUAUUUUUAUUCGCAGCAUCUCUUUAUAUCGAAGUAUUUAAUUCUUAGUCCCGAUCUUUUAGUGAUCUAAACUUAUAUACAUCCAUCCUUGUUUUCUCAAAAACAAGAUCUCAAGCGAAAAAAUGUUAUACUUUCUUUCCAAUUUAUUUUUACAUAUAAAAGAAGCUCCUGAUUGAGUGUACCAAUUACAUUUGUUGAAAUGUCGAAGAAAUUACUGGAAACGUAAACAUGAUUCCUCCAGUAGCAUUUUGAAGAAAGUUUUCCAAAUACCAAGAAAAUUAAACAUUGGUUGCAAAAAUUCAUAGUUUGACGAUUUCUCAAUAGAGUAUGAAUCAUGAGAAAGAGCAAGAAGUAACAACGUUUUAACAGAUAUUAAUGGAAACAAUCUAGGGCAGAUAACAAGUAAAUUACUUCCGCGUUAUAUGUAGUUAUUACUUAAAUUAAAUAGAAAGAUUUUCUUUCGAGAAAAUUAACAAAUGGAUUUCACUCAAGUGAAACGAUAUCAUAGAAGUCCGCACUAAAUAGGAUAUAGAUUUGGAUAGUAUAAAAUAUGGAUGGAAUUACUUGGAACAAAUAAGGAAAGGGAAGGAAACCGGAAACGGAAAUCAGCUUUCAAAAUAGCGGAAACAGGAUGGCAGAAGAUAUCAAUCGAAUUUAUCGAAAAAUUAUAAUCGCCAUCGAGACAGUGAAGUAUUGAUUAUUUCAAAAUUAAAUUACUUUACCAUUACUUCCUGAAAAGUUGUAACAACCGAAAUCAGUAUUCUGUAAGAUGAAAUUAUUGUAAUAAACAAAUCAUUCUAAAUUUAUAUUCUAAUAUUAAACUAUGAUAGUAGUGCAGAAAUUCUAUGAAAUCUUGUUAUCAAAUUCGUAGAAUGGCAUAGGAAUAUAGUAUGAUAUAUUUCGAGGAAUAAACUGGGAGCAUAAAUUCAUUAAUCUGAAAUGGGAGUAAUAUAUGGUAUCUGGAAACAAAUGUAUGGAACAAAGUAAAAACGCAUGUCAACACGUUUUUGAACAUUUAUUUAAAAUAAGGAACAUAGGAAAGAAUGUUAUAUGUUGUAUGUAUAGUAGGUAUGAAAUAUCUUACCUUCGAUCGAUCAAGUGAUAACAAAUUUAAAAUCAAAACGUGCAAAAUGUACCUUAUUGUUGUUGGAAAUAUGAUAUUUAUAUUUUAAGGUUUCAGUUAACAAUGACGGUUGAAAGAGCGUAAAGUAAAUAUAGAAUGUUCUCUCACUAGCAACGUAAUAUCUAAAUUGUAUAUGGUAUAGUUUUCUGUAGAACUUCAAGUAGUGCAUUUGAAAGGAUGUUUUCGCGUUUGAUUUGUAAAAGCAAUAUACAUUUUCUAUCGUUAGUCUGUAUGCGAGAAGUAAUGAAAAAUCUUUAUGCAAAAUUUUCUUUCAGUGGGUUUUAUAAUCUAUUAUAAUAUAGUAUUGUAAUGUCAUAAUUUUAUUUAUAAUUUCAUAGUUGAUUUAACCAUUUUUAUAUAUUUAUGUUAUGUUUAAUUUUUCCAAUCUAACAUUUCCGAUAUAACAUUUCUAAAAGAGUAUUUUAACACAAAAUCUUGGAUGCAAAAAUGAAUUGACUUUGUUCCUCCGGAGCUUCGUGCAAUUUACUUUCGCAAAAUAUCUAAUUUUGCUAAGUUAAAAAUCACUUUGUAAGCCUUUGCUUUUAAUAAAUAAUGAAAUAUAAAGCUCUAAAUUCAUUUUUCUAAUAGAAUUUUGUUAGUACGACAAAAGUGGAAUUAUCGAAGCAAAAACUUGUGGAAUCGUUUUUAAAAUUUCGAUGGCUCGUUUUCAUUCAUGAAAAGGGAAACCGAUGAUUGAUGUUUCGUGGGUACUAUUACGAAAUUUUGCUAUGUAUUGGACAUUUUUCGUGGAGCAAGAGGUUACUAAUAUAUAAUAUAAAUUAAUUAAAACCAUCUUUUUUAAUUGACGAAAACGUCAAUUAUAGAUUGAAACUUCUUUAAGAUUCGCUUAAAAAUAAUGUACUCUUAUUAACAGAUACUGCUAUUUUAGCUUCAAUUUAGAUAUAAAAAUGUAACCAGAAAUAUUUAGAAAAUAAUUUUUCUGAAUCUCAAACUCCUAUGUAAACAUAACAAUGCGAUUAUUUUGGAAAUAAAACUUUACAGAAGAUUCUAUUUUACAUUUUUAUAAAAUAGAUUGACAAAUAUUUUAUACUAUAUACGAAUAAAAAAAAACGAAUAGAAAAUAAUAAAAAAUCUUUAAACUACGAGCUAAUUGUAUAUCCAUAAUAAAAUACAAUAAAAAGCAAUUAUAUAUCCCCUUGGGCUUUUCCAGCAAAUUUUUCUUCACGACUAUUUCGAGUCUUACUUCUAUUUCUGAUCCUUUAUUCUGCACUCGAAUAACAGCAAUUUUCUCUUUUCAUGGAAAUGAAUCGGAAUGAAAUUCUUAAGAAGCUAAAAUUCCUUUAAUUCUUAAUUUUUUUUCUUAAAAAAAAAAAAAAAAAAUAUGUAACAUACAAUUUUUUCGUUUGAAAUAUCUGAGGCUUGGAAUGAAAUAUUUAAUGAUCAAAUAAAACUCUCCUCGUUACGAGGAAACAAAAUGAUAUCGUAAAAGGGUAGCGGAAUCCUAUAUUCCCAACGCCAUAUAAUUAUUAAUUACAGAGAAUAAACACUCAGCGUCGUUUACAAUUUUACAAUUCCAAGAAAGUAAUUUAAGAAAUUAGCAUAAGGAAAUUAGUAAAAUCGUAUUACUGCUAUAAACGAAGAGAAUAUAAGGCAAGUUGCUUGCUCGAUAAGGACAAUAUAAUAUAUUGAAGCUUUUCACAUUUAUUCCUCCAAACAAAAGUACCAAGGGUCUUUUCGCGACACAUAUUGAAAUAUGGUAGCACGAUACAGAGUACGUAAUUAAUUGCAACCAAAACUCUUUGAAUCCUAAAUUCCAUUGUAAGAUGAAUUUUCUAAACUCUUUCUGAAAUUUCUUUUUAACCAACCUGCACAACUCUUUCCGCUAACAGUCUACAAAUGUGUUUAACUAUGUUUUAAUAAUACUCGCAAAUUUUUUUUAAAAAGAAAUUGUUCGGAAUUUUAGUUGGACGUCCGUUUAUGGCACAGACAGGCCCAUUUCCCUCAUUAGAAAAUUCCGAAUUACCGGUCCUCCCAGGGCAGUAAACGUAAUCACUCGAGACCAGGAAGAACCCAGGCGAGGACCAGCCGGAAGGGCACGCGGUAGUUCAACUAUAAGCAACGAAGAAUACACACAGGACGACAAGGUCCCAACUUCGUUCAACUACAAGCAACGAAGACUAAGGUUAAGUGCUACAACUAAUAUAAAUAAAGUGCCUUCUAAAUCUAACACUCGAGUUAUUUCAUCUCCUCCACCUUGAACGUUAAGUCAUUCGAGGUACGCGUUAUCGACCGAUCGGUUUGACCUGACCGGUUUCUCUUUAGUCGAUAAUACGCAACAGAAAUAAUGAAAAUUUAUUAUGAUGUUCCAAAUUUUUAAAAACGUUUACUUAAAAAUGGAAACUAUAUUUUAAGAGCAAAGAUUAUAAUUAAACAUUCAGAAAAACGAUGGUAAUCAUGACAAAGUCAUUGAUCAGCUGUUUAAUCUUAUUCAAAGUGAUCGCAAGGUUACACCCAGGACAACGACAGAAAUCGAGUCAAACCAGGUACCUCAAACAUUCACUCAUAUAUCCGUUCAAACAGUCAUCAUUUCUAUGACUUAGCCUUUUAUAUUCAAUAAAAUGUUGAAAAACUUAAUAAUUCAUAAAAGAACGAUUAUCAAAAUCUUUCGUAUAAUGUUGAAAAAGAAUAAAUAUUUUAUUUCUUUUUAUUUUCUAAGUUAAAAAUUAUUCAAAUGUUUUUUUCAUCAUUUUGUUAGUUUAGAUUCUUUUUAACGGUUGUAGAAGGCUUCUUUCAAAGAAAUUAUAUGAAAGAUCCAUCGCUUUUGUAUUAGCUUAAUAUGCUAAACAUACCGAUUCUUGCAGACAGUCUCUAUCGUAUUCAUUGAUUCGCUCGUACGUGUGUUUAAACUACUUGUUGCGUCUGAUCAAAUUCUGGACCUACCACUUAUCGCUGCCGUUACAUACACGGUGUCUCAUUUUAGUACGGAAUAAUGUGUUACGUCCGGCGGUUCUCUACACAAACCGGACACCAUACCUCGGGCAAGAUGACUGCCGGAUAUCUACAUACCCUUAUUGCGGGCCGUCGAUAAUCUUAAGGAUUCACCAUAAAUCUUAGCAUUUUCAUAGUUAACACUUAGCCAACAGCGCGCGCCACUGCGAGCUAUACGUUUCCACCGCGCUCGAAUAAGCCAACCUAUACGCGCUGUCCACCGCGCAUUUUUCCAAGUAUCGAGGACUAAUAUUCACUACUUAAAAAACAAAGAAGUAUAAAAAUUAUUUAAGUGGUCAAUUAUAUUUUGCGGUCAAUGAUUUUAUUUUACAAUUUCACAUAUUGUUUAUACAAAACAUCAAACUAAAAUUAUAUGUUAAAAGUAUAAAAAAUAUAGGUAAAAUUAAAAACAUUAAAGAUCAUUAAAGAUAAAUAACACGACUUGAACGUGAAAUUAAAAAUUCAUAAUGCAUUCUGCAAUAUCUCUUUGCAGUGUGGUACCGUUCGAUUAUAUAAUAACUUUAUUUAGUCAUAAAUGAUAGUAUAACUUUUGAAUUAGUUUUAACACCACUAAAUUGAUGUAUUUUAUUAUAUACUAUACUUUAUAAAAGCAAAAAAAGUGGCGCAGUUAAUUGGGAACAGUUCCAGGUAAACAAUAACUAAUAAUAACAACAACAAAAAAAAAAAAAAGAAAACGCGUUGCUAAAGUCUAAAAGGGAGAUUUUCUCGUUCGGUCACGCAACGAUGUUUUUCACAGAGGGGAGAUAUCUCCCUAUUCGGUUGGCUAAGUGUUAAGGUCCUUCAGACCAAACAAGUAUUUUUUUGGUUGAAGUAUUCUUUAGAUCUAUUGUCCAUUCCGAGAAAACACGGGAAAGUGGUUUUCCUAUGUACAAUGCCACCCACGGGCGACCUCUGAUUAGGGGCGACCAGCACCCAUCCUUACCUACCAGCCUUUUUCUUAUCCAUUUAGAAACAAUGACCGUUGUCCUCACUUUCCUAGCCAAAAUUGUCAUCAACGAAUUCGAUGACAUACCCAUCAAUAGUUUUCCUCUGCGACAGCAUUGUCAGCAAACUUUACUGGUUUCAUCCUUAAAUCAGUCACCAUCUCUUGACUGGUUUUCCGUUCAUUGACCAGUCAUCAGUUUAACUUGUUACUUACACUUCGCUGAGAAUACGUCUACACGUACCACGCGUAACUACUUAUAUCUACAAAGUUGUUAGAAUAAAGUGUAUAUUGUAACCUGUUAAUUCAAUGCUAUAAUCAGUUCAACCACCUCUAUUAUCCUAACCGAAAUAGGAGAUCGACCGACUCGUGACGUCGAUAAUCAAAUCGGAAUUUACGACUGUCGUUGGCGCACUUCUUCGCGAUCAGGUCUCUCCGCGAAACGGUCGAACAAAUGUCAUCAAUAAAUAAAUUAUUUUUAUAUAUUUUAUCUAUAAAAUUAUUUUUUACAUAUUCGUAUUACAUUUAUAAAAGAAAUUUGCCUUUUAUACUCCAAUGAACAAUCAUUUGGGAAAUCAUUCGGAAUGUUAUAUAGAUAUACUAUAUAUUAACUUACAAUGCACUUUUCCCGUACUCUAUGUGUAUUGUGUAUAGAUGGUGCUUAAAAACUUUUUACGCUAAUUGCUCCGACCACAAUGAUCGAUUUCUCGAUCAACAAACGGGAAUGCAAACAAUUUCCAACUUAUUAUUCACCAUGGUCGUGCAAAUAUUGCAGUUGUGCAUCAAAAUGUACACUGCUGAAAAUAAUUGCAGGGACAUUCGAUUACACAAGAACAAAAAUAUUUGAAAAGUAUUCGUAUCUUCAGAUUAAAAUCUAAGGAAUUAUAGAAAUUAUAGGAUAUUUUCAUAAUUAUUACUAACCGGAAAUAGAUUUCGACCGCCUAUUGACAAGGAAUAUUUUUAUUAAAAAAUCUUUCGUUGUUGAUCUUAACGAAGGGACAGAUUUAACAAUAUAAUUCAUAAAUUUAACAUAUUUCCGAAUACUAAUAAAACUAUCUAUAACUUCGAAUAGUAUAUUUUUAUCCGCUUCCUUAGACAGUUGUUGAACCUUCCGAUUUCUAUUGUCAUGAUACGCUUUAGAGAAACUGUCACGAAAUAUCUUUCCGCUUGGAAACAUUUAAAGAACGCCUCGGUUUUUUAACAAAAAAUACGUAUUUGUAGAAAACUCUUAGAGAUUCGAAAUAAUGGAAGGAAAAGUUUUCACGAUAAAGAACAAGAUUUAUAAAACGUGAGAGAAUACAUAAAAAAUAUAAUGGUUCUGAAUAAGUUCUUAAAUUUAAAUGUGCACCUUGUAAAUAUCACUUGGCAAGGCAAUUUUUCAAAAACGUGCUCAUAACAGUGCUUACAAGAAAUUAUGCUACCUAUCUUAAUAAUAAUUUCAUGAAUAAAUAACACUUAUUCUGGAAACUAGACUAUUUAUAUUGUACUAAACUCUGGAAACAUUAACGUAAAAGCGAUACGUAUAAGGUUCAGUUACGGAGAUCAAACACAGACUUUGCAUGUGGUAUCACUCAAUUCUAAUUUAAGUCUCAACCAGUCAAGUUCGUCUGGAUAUAAGUGAGCGUAAUAUUCGUAUUUCGUCACUUAACGAUAUUUCAUUCUCGCGAGUAGGAAGAACGAGGUGUGGACAACAAAUGAUGUGUACUGUGGCAACGUGACUAAAAAAUUUAGUGUACCAGAAUGCUUUAAGGAAUUUAGGAACGAGUUUAGCGUAAUGAACAGCCAGAGAAGAUAUAUCAUAGCUUGUGGUAAUAGUACGCUGAAAGAAUUCAGUAGAAAAUUGAAUGUUUCGUGGGAAUAAAUUUUCUUAAAUAUUCAGAAAUUGAUGAAUAAAAUAAUUUGCGGAGAAUAGAACGUUUAUUUGCAAUAAAAGGGAGCAAUAAAAAUCCAUUUAUCUGGGCAUAGGGGCAAAAUAAUUGGGACAAGCAUCAAGAAGAGUUCGCUAAUUUCUCCCAUCAUGUAUCUAUAAUCUUUGCUCGAAUAACUCGUUCACGUCCGAGCAACUAAAUUCGAAUAAUUAGUAAUGUUUCAAGAGAUGCAAAUUUUUCUCUAAAUAAAUCGUUCAUUCGUUACAGUAAUGAUUGAAAGUCGUUCUGACAAUAAAAAAUCCGUAAGAAAUCAGUAAAUCGUACAUCAAGUAAAAUUUCAUUCUAAUUAACGAAAGACCAAGUCCUACUGAAUCCUAAUGAAUGAAUCUUAUAUAAUAUAUAACAAUACUGUUUGUUCUUCUAAAGCGUAAAACAUCGCGCUACUAAACUUCGAAUAAAGAAAUUUUUAUCUCUAGAACUCACGAACAGAUUUAUCUAUUAAUAUUUCUAUAAAGACCACAAAAGAAGAUUUGUCUUUUUCAAGAUAUUCAACAAUCACGCUUUGUGCAUCUAUCCUUCUGCAUUAUUCGCGCAGGAAUCCAUUUCAAUGGCGAAGAAAAAGAAAAGAGGAAUGCAAAGGACACAAGAUUACGCAUAUACGCUGAUUCCUGGAAAGUUACAUCGGGUAAAGUACAUCGGGUUCCGUCAAAAAAAUCUCAAAGACCUCGUUAUUCAGACCAAUAAAAUAGUCUAGCCUGCUCAAGCUUUGGCCGCCUACUUCGACGAGCCACCCCGUUUAAUAUACGAUCGCCUUCGCAGAGACAAUAUGUUUAUUUUGUAAUCGAGUCGUGUCCCUCGUCGUGAAAUAAAUAUAUCGACAGAAAUAUUCGUGCUAUUUCUCACCCACUGUGUGGUGAACGGAGUCGAACACAGCAACAUGUGUAGGACUCUGAUUCAUCCUGCGAAACGCAAGAUGAAGAGGAAGAGGAAUCUCGUCGAUGGAAUGCGACUACCGCCAAGACCGAUCGUUCCCAAACCAGUGAGAAACGGAAAUUUUGCGGGUAAAACGCGAAAUUUAAACAAACGACAAGUUUCUGACCAACCGAUCGGACGAUAUCUGUAUCAUAUCGAUAUACUUUAGAUUUUAGAUACUGUUCAGAUAAGACACGUUGUAACAGACCAAUAAUAGGUAAAAGACGUAUCUGGAAAUAAUAAAAAUAAGUAGCUAUAAUAGUUCAAUUAAUCGUUAAGUGAAGUGUUGGGCCAUCGUGGUUCUUAUAGGUCUAGUUAUUGAAAGAUUUGUGAGACGCUCUAUUGGUCUCAUUUAUGUUCGUAAUGUAGCGAAACAAAGUUGCUUUUAUUCAUCCACCGAUGUUGUAAAAAUAAAUAUUAGAUAGAACAAUUGCGUUAUUGUAGUCUCGAAGCCACCAAGCUACACAUUUUUUGGUAAUAACGAUAAUAAUAAACAAAUCCAACUCAAUCGGAACUUGAGAUAUAAAUUAGUAGAAGCAGGAUGGGAAUAUGUAAAUUAGUAUAGCGAUAGGGAAGGUCUUCGAACGACAGACUAUAAACUUUUGGAAUAUUUUUGAAACCAUCUAAAAUUCAAAGAUUCGAGAUUACGUAAUAAAACAAUGUACUACAAUGAUAUGAAUGGAAAGAAGCGACAGUAUCGUUGAUCUUCAUUGCGUAUACCCUGAAUGUGAAAUAGGAAAAAGAUCGGUCCUCUACUCAACUCAUUUCUCUGCAAAAUUUCUUCCAUCUAAUACGAAGCAAGAAAUGCAGCUUGCCCAAUUGGCUGACUUGCUUUAUACAGAAAUAAAUAUUAUACAAUAUAACAUGGUUAAUACCAUAACAAAAAAGAUAAGUGUAAUCGAAAACGAAGUAAUAGAGCAAGGAAAGUCGAGCGAACGAGAAAGAUAAUGAUUACGACAGCAGUUGAGAAAGACGCUAAGGAAGACGAAGAAGACGGGAGGAAGAUACGAAGAAAACAGAAAGAAAGGUGAAGAAACUGCGGGGGAGUUACAGAGAAGUGGUAGAAAAUUCAAGAAAAGAAACAAGCAUUCGUAAGAAAAGAAAAAAAGAAAGAAGAAACACGAAGAGGAUUUGUUAAAGAGAUGAGUAGGAGCGAAAAAACGAGAAGAAUGAAGUAAACGAGAGAGAAGAUGACGAAGAGAAAGAGAGUGACGUACUAAGGAAAGAUAAGAGGACGGUAUAAUUACGAAAUAAAUGAAACAAAUGGUGAAAGGUUGGUAGAAAAUAUAAGGAAAUAUGACGAAAAUGAGGAUGAGAAAAAACUUAUUAAACCCUUGUUAAAUCUUAAAAACUCGUUAAUACAUUCUAGCACGUGGAACAAUUCUUUACAACUUUACGCUUGCGAUUUUAUACUUUUUCAGCGGAUCUUUCAAUAUUCUCUCCCUUUUUCGAUAUUGAUCAAACAAAUCUAAAAGUAAAAAGUACCGACUGACGCCAUCGAUACUGAAAAAGGCGAACAGAGAAAGACUCGCUAAGAAACUAAACUAAGCUACCGAACUACCAAGAAAAGUGAAUGACGAAAGAAGCGAAAAGGACUCGGCAAAAAGAGCAAUGAAACGUAACGAUGACGAUAUCCACUAGGUAGAUGUAACGGGUACGAUGACGAUUAUGAUGACGAGUAAGAAGUCACGUCGCACACGAUCGGUUGUUUGUCGAACAAAACGAUUCCGAUUGGCUGUUUUAUGGUUAGGUGGAGGGGUUAAAGGGAAGAACGGUACUGGUAGGGGUUGUUGAAUGAGUACCGGGACGAGCGAGGUCGCAACGCAUUCCGUCGUAGUCACCCCGACGGGUAACGGAUGUCCAAGUGGCUCCGUAUUCGCGCGCUAAACUCACGAGGAACUCGGUGAGAUUGAUACGAAGAGGUAACAACGAAUUUCCUCUAACGAGAAACCGAACGGACGACUGAACGAACAGACGGUCGAGCCCACGAAUUCGCCAGUGGGAGCACACCAGCUGUAUCUAUAAUAACGAAUCGUUUCACGGAAGUGGAAACGUUGAACGAACACGAGAAAGAUAUCGAACGAGAAUAUACUUGAAGGAAUAAAGAUAGAAAAAUAAUGUUUACGACUACAGUCUUUGUCUUCACAUUGAACGCAUUGUGGAUGAUGUGUCAAGCAGUGCCACUGCUUGAUAUGAGGAACAGUUUGGAGCAAAAUGUAUUGGAUGCUGUGGUCUCCUCUGCAUGCUCUUCAAAUGGAGGUUGUUGGAAAUGGUUACCGAUGCAAGAAGUUCAGAAAGAUAUUCCUUUGACUCCAGAGGACCUCCCCAUAUCAAAAAUGGAUAUUCGUCGAGAAACUUCAAGUUUAGAUCCCAAUACGAUUAUAGAAACAUGGGGUGAUAGUUCCCCACCACUGAACAGAAAAGUUCACCAAUUGUCACUGGCUAACAAGCAAAUCGGAAAUAGAUUGUCGAAGAAAGAUAUGUCACGUAGUUGGGGUGCUGGCGGCAUGCCCUUUUCUAUUCUUUAUAUGAAUCCAUAUAGUCCUCGUGGAAAUUAUGCCAGUACUUCACAACAACAAGAUCUGGGAAAAACUGAAAGUACAACGCCACCUAUAAUACAUCCUAAUACUCGCAUUGCUGUGCGUAAUGGAAGUUCCACGCAACAAAGAAGACAAUACUCGAUAAUACCGCAGCUUUUUAUAUCAUAUGGCUGGGGUCCGUUUGGCAAAUGAAAAGAAUCUCCUACUUAAGUGUGUAAAUGGAAUACUGAUCUCAUAAUUUUGGAAUACGAAAUCAACUGUAUAGAUAUUUAGUUAUAUUUAAUUUUAACUAAGAGUCAUAUUUUAGAUAAAUUACAAUCUAAAUAUCCUUUUUCUAAAAAAACAUCCGCAAAUAACCAUAACUCCAAUUAUUCAUUAAUUAUUUGUACAUACUUUUUACAUAUUUAUUCAAACGUUUUAUUUUAAUCUACCAAAAAAUUUCUUAAUUUUGUUAGCUGUGAAUAAUUAUUAUAUGAGAAAUCAAGCAUUAAUAUCCCUUUAAAUUUUCAUUAAAACUUCACUAAAUAAUUCAGUAAAAUAUUAAAGAUUCUACCUCAUUAUGUAUAAAAUUAUCAUUUAUUCUUUUCUGUUAUAUGAUUCAAAACCAUAAUAAAAUGAAUUUUUAAUUUCUAAGAAAAUUAAAACUUACUUCUUAUGUAUAGCUUUGGUUAUAUUAAAAUCAGUUAUUUUUUUCAUAUUUGAGAAUAUAAUUUAUCUUAAAUUAUUAU